AUGUCUGCGAAUCUCCUUAUCGACGAUGUCGCCGAGCUAGGAAGCGAAGAAGAUGACGAGGACUUCAAUGAAGAUGAAGAGAGUGGUGAGCCGCGCCGGAAGACAAAUGGCGUUGGCGCCGGGGACGAUUCGAGUGAAGAAGAAGACGACGAUGACGACGAGGAGGCCGCCGCGAAGGUUCGAGAAGGCUUCAUAGUUGACGAAGACGAGGAGGAGGAGGAUGAUGAGGCGGCGCGACGAGAGCGGAAGCGGAAGAGGAAGCGAAAAGAGAGGGUGGAGGAGGAAGGCCUCGACGAAGAAGACGUGGAGCUUAUGAUGGAGAACACAGGCGUCGAGCGCCCGGAACGCGACCAGCCAAAGUACAAGCGCCUCAAGCGCGGACGGGAGGAGCGGCAGGAACGAAGAGAACCACGCGGCGUGGAUGAAAUAUUCUCGGAUGACGAAGAUGCACUCGAAGACGAUCGCCGCCCCAGACAUGGGCUUGCGGACGAUUUAGACGAUUUCAUCGAAGAGGAUGUUUUCGACGAUGAGGAAGAAGCUAGACGUGUGGAGGACAGGGAGGUCGCGCGGCCGGCCCGGAAAGGAGCUGCCGCAAUCAUCGGCGCACAGAGUAUGGGGUUGGACGAGGCAGCCCUAGAAGACAUGCGCGCAGCUUUCGGAGACGGUGGGGAUUACGACUGGGCGUUGGGCCUGCAAGAGGCGAUGGAGGAUGAGCAGAUGGGCGUUGACCGUCCACUGGAGCUCAAGGAUGUGUUCGAGCCGUCUCAGCUUGUGGAUAAGAUGCUCACGGAUGCGGACAACGAGAUACGGAUGAAGGACGUCCCAGAACGAUUCCAGAUCGCGAGAAAACAGUUCAAGGAAGAGGAGCUGACGGAGGAAGACAUGGCGGGCCGAAUAAAAGAAGAGGCCCUCUGGAUAUCCAACCACAUGCUACCCAAGAAGCGCCUUGGACGGUCGUUCGUCGAGCCUUUUCAGAAAUCCGUCGGUAAAGUCCUGGAGUUUAUGAACAUCGAAGAUCUCGAGGUCCCAUUCAUCUUCCAGCACAGGAAAGACUACUUCAUACACGCAGCUCGAGACGAUGCUUCUCCAGAUCCAGACGAUAUUGAUGGAGGCGAGCGUAAGCCGGAGCGACUGUUCAACGAAACCGAUCUGUGGGACAUCUUCGACUACGACCUGAAGUUCAGAGCCAUGGUAGAGAAGCGCGACGCUCUUCAAAGAACAUACGAGAACUUGAAGUCCAUCGCAAACGUCACAGAUCCGGUAUUCGAAGAAAUGGUCCCAGUCGCUGUCAGCAUGGAAGAGCUUCAGGAUGUUCAAGAGUAUCUGCACUUCCAGUACUCUGCAGAGCUCAAGGACGUCAAUUCAAUGGACGCAGACGCAAAUGGCACACAAAAGCGCGCAGGAACCGGCAGGACCAUGUUCGAACAGCUCCGUGCAAGCCAGGUGUACAACCUGGUUCGUGCUUUUGGUAUCACUGCCGAUAGUCUGGCCCAGAACGUCCUUGGAUCCGGACACCGACAGUACACAGACGAUCCGUCUCAGCGGCCAGACGACAUGGCGGACUCUCUGGUCGAUCCGCCGGACUAUAGUACCGGUUCUCAAGUUCUGAGGGCUGCCAAGAUGAUGUACAUCGAAGAGCUUGCUAUGAGUCCACGAAUGCGGAAGCUCAUGCGACAAACGUUCUACCAGAACGGCUUGAUUGACUGCUUUCGGACCGAAAAAGGUUUGCGCAAGAUCACCGAGGACCACCCGUACUACGAGUUUAAGUAUCUACGUGGUCAGGACUUUCACGCCAUUUCUCGCCGACCAGAGAUGUUUCUGCGCAUGCUCAAGGCAGAGUCAGAAGGUUUGGUCAAUGUUAACAUAAGGCUGGACGGAUACCGGAACUUCAAAGAGAGGCUGUACAAGAACAUCGAGUCAGAUAAUUUCAGUGAAGCUGCCGACGCUUGGAACCAGACUCGGCGAGAGGUGCUGGACGCGGCACUCCUCAAACUAGAGAAGAUCAUCACGAAGGGUGUGAAAGAGACGCUGCGUUCCGAGUGCGAGAAGGAGCUUGCGAAGGCCUGCCGGCUGAAGUACACUGAAAAGCUAGAUCAGGCGCCAUACAAGCCCAAGGGCUUCGUACUGGGCACAACACCCCGAGCACUGACGCUCUCGAACGGCAAUGGCGUCUUCAACCGCGAUGCUAUCUGCUGGACCUAUGUAGGGGAUGACGGCAAAGUGCUUGAAAACGGCAAAUUCAUCGAUCUGCGCCUGGGUAACCCGGAAAAAUACCAAGCGGACGGCAAGGAUGUCAAUGCCUUUGUGGAGCUUGUGCGACGGCGAAAGCCCGAUGUUAUCGGUGUUUCCGGUUUCUCUGUUGAAACGAGAAGACUCUACAAAGAUAUCCAGGAACUCGUCGAUCGCCAUGACCUAGCCACUGAUUGGGAAGACGAUGACAAUAUUGAACACAGGGACAAAAUAGAGGUCGUCAUCGUCAACGAUGAGGUCGCAAGGCUCUACCACACGAGUGACCGGGCCGCUCAAGAACAUCCCUCCCUUGCGCCACUGACGAGGUAUUGCAUUGCUUUGGCUAGAUACUUACAGAACCCACUGCUGGAAUACGCGGCCCUCGGCAAGGACAUUGUUUCCAUCUCCUUCGACCCGAGUCAAGAUCUUCUGCCCCAAGACAAGUUGAUCAAAGCUCUCGACAGUGCCAUGAUCGACAUGGUCAAUCUUGUAGGCGUGGACGUUAACGAUGCUGUGGGGGAUGCCUACAUCGCCAAUCUCGUACCUUACGUCUGUGGUCUUGGUCCUCGAAAGGCUGCGCAGCUGCUCAAGGUCAUCAACUACAACGGCGGCGUCGUCACCACUAGAGCAGAACUAGUUGGUGAUGUAGAGAAAAAGCUGCUUGCUGCAGUCGGACCCAAAGUCUGGACCAACUGUGCAAGUUUUCUUUACAUUCUGUUCGACCCCCAUGAGCAGGAAUCAGAUUACCUCGACAAUACGCGUGUGCAUCCUGAAGACUAUGACUUGGGACGGAAGAUGGCGGCCGACGCUCUGGAACUGGAUGAGGAAGACGUCAAAGCGGAAAUCGACGAGGGUGGUCCUGCCGCCGUCGUCCGGAGGCUCGUCAAGGAUGACGCGCGGGACAACGUCAAUGAUCUCGUGCUCGAGGAGUACGCCGAGCAGCUGGAGCGGACUUUCAACCAGAAGAAACGGGCUACGCUGGAGCUCAUCCGCGCAGAGCUACAACAACCGUACGAGGAGCUGCGCCGCAACUUCUCAUUACUGACCUCCGAUGAGAUCUUCACGAUGCUCACGGGAGAGACCCGCGAGUCGCUUGUCGAGGGCAUGAUCGUGCCCGUACAGAUCCGGCGAACCUUCGGUGACCACAUCGACGUCAAGCUUGACUGCGGCAUCGAGGGCGGUGUAUCGGAAACCGAAUACCCCGAAGGUGUCGGCGGCGAGAACGGACUUGAGCCGCGCCAAGUGUUCUCUGUCCACCAGACCGUCCAGGCCAAGCUUCUGUACCUCAACCGUAAACAGCUUAGCGCUCAGCUCUCCUUCCGUGAAGAUGCGCUCCGCCGGCCGUAUCGGAAGGAAUUGGACCGUUUGCCGGGCGAGUGGGACGAAGCGCAGGAAGAGCAGGACAAGAAGGAUGCCGAGCGAGAGAAAGAAGACGUCUCCGGCCGCGCACAGCGCGUCAUCAAGCACCCCCUCUUCCGCCCCUUCAAUUCCGCGCAGGCAGAGGAGUAUCUCGGUUCGCAAGGCCGCGGCGACGUGGUAAUCCGACCGUCAUCCAAGGGUGUUGACCAUCUUGCGGUCACGUGGAAGAUCUCGGACAACAUCUACCAGCAUAUCGACGUCCUCGAGCUGGACAAGGACAACGAGUUCUCCGUCGGGAAAACGCUCAAGAUCGGCGGCAAGUACACGUACAGCGAUUUGGAUGAGUUGAUCGUCAAUCAUGUCAAGGCGAUGGCGAGGAAGGUGGACGAGAUGAUGGGAGACGAGAAGUAUCAGAACGGGAGCAAGGCGCAGACGGAACAAUGGCUCACGACCUACACGGAAGCGAAUCCCAAGCGCUCCAUGUAUGCCUUCUGCAUCAAUCCCAAGUACCCAGGCUACUUCUACCUGUGCUUCAAGAACGGUCAGAAUGCGCCCCUCAGCAAUUGGCCGGUCAAGCUCGUGCCGAAUGCGUUUGAGCUGCAGAAGUAUCAGUAUCCGGAUAUGAUGAGCUUGAAGAAUGGGUUCAAGACGCUCAUGAUCAACCAGAUGAGGGGCGGCGCACGGCGGUGA